AUGAAGUCCGUCGCCGUCGCCUCUGCUCUGCUCAUCGCAGCUGCUGCCGCCAAGCCUCACCACGGCCACCACGCCCACGCGGCCCGCCACCACGCUCACCAGCACGCGGCCCGCGAUGUCGUCGUCACCGAGACCGAGUGGCACACCGACACCGUCUACGUGACCGAGGUCGUUGAUUCCACCUACACCUACUGGGUCCAGGACGGCAAGACCUCCUCUGUCGCUCCCGCUGAGACCACGGCCUCUGCCACCCUCUCCGUCUCCGCCGGCGAGUUCUUCGAGCCCAGCUCCACCACUGAGCCGGCCACUUCCACCAGCCAGGCUCCUCCUCCUCCCCCGGAGACCACCACUGCGGCCGCCAGCAGCUCCGUCUUCACUCCCCCGCCGCCGCCUCCUCAGACCACCACCUCUGAGGCUCCCGUCGUCGUCAGCGUGCCUCCUCCUGUCGUGCAGACCACUUCCGCCGCUCCCCCUCCUCCUCCUCCGGUUGAGAUUCCCACUCCCUCGCCUUCUCCCUCUCCUUCUCCUUCUCCUUCUCCCUCGCCUUCGCCUUCGCCUUCCGCCCAGGCUGCUCCCCCGGCCAACGUCGACACCGGCAGCAGCUCCAGCAGCUCCGGCGGCACCUACUCUGGUGACAUCACCUACUACACCAUCGGCCUGGGCUCUUGUGGCUGGGACGACACCGGCAAGGACCAGACCGAGAACGUUGUCGCCAUCGCCGUCGGCCUCAUGGGUGCCGUGUCCAACGGCAACGCCAUGUGCGGCAAGACCAUCACCAUCAGCGGUGGCGGCAAGACCACUACUGCUACUGUUAAGGACAAGUGCAUGGGCUGCGCUCCCCAUGACAUUGACGUCAGCGAGAAGGUCUUCCUCGAGCUCUUCGGCAGCCUUGACGGCGGCCGUGAGCCCGUCAGCUGGUCUUUCAACUAAGCUGCUUGUCGACAAAAAUGUCACGUUAUACCCUUCACUCGUUGAAUUUGUUUGUUUUGGAUUCUACCAUCCCUGGCGCGGAUGCGGAAUGCGAUAUGGAACAGGAAAAUGAUUUUU